UUGGGGGGUAAUGAAUAAAUCAGGAUGGCGUGAUACUCUCACUAUACUGCUGUGAUUAUAUGCAUAUAAAUGAGGCAUUUCCCUUUUACCACAGUAUACCAAGGUAGUCAUAUUUUUCUUUAGUUUGCCUAACAAUCUUUAAAUGCUUUAUAAAGUACUAUAUUCCCUAGGCAUAUGACAUUCACGCCAGAAUAAUGAAUGAUGCUUUAUGGUUACGCUAUCAGUCUGUUCCGCGUCUGGUUAUUCGAUUCACUCCCUGUGUAAGCGAACCGGAUAGCUGUAUGGCAAUGUUGAAGGGCUGACCUGUUCGCAGUUGAUGUACAGGAAAAUCUCGCCUCCAUUAGUCCCUUCGGCAGCAAAGAGACAUCAUCUGUACUUAUUACAGCUUCAUCGCGCGGGGGAACGUUUUGCACAGCACCAUUUUUCUCAAGACUGAACAAGAGAAACGCACAGGAAAAUCGUGUUCUUCGAUUUCCAGUCACCACCAGGUUGGAGCUGGUUUCCAGGGAGACGGAGAACAAGAAGCUUUUAAUUCCUGAUCUCUUGCAACAUCUAAGGAUUUUCGAGAGGAACCUUCGUGUUUUUUUAUUCUCUCUACCACUGCAGAUGAUAUCUACUGUAUGUGAAGCAGCAGGAAGGAGUGUAGGGUAUCCCCUGUACAACUAAAUCUGUGAACUGUAAUGAGUAAAGACCCCCUUUGUGGGAAAUGGAUGGAGUUUUCUUCCAUUUCUGCGCUUCUUACUAAGGUUGUAGUAAUCCACACUUCUGGAAGACUGUGAAAAUGAAUACAGAGUGAAAAUGGGGAGCACCAAAGACCUAACUGGUAGCUUUCAAGUAUCACUCAAUGGUGGUGAAGUAAUGGCAGAUCCUGUUGAGGUAGCUGAUGGCUCAAACUUAAGUUCUCAUUAUCUUAAGGGAGGCGUUAGCUGUGAAAAAAAAUCUGACUCAUCUCCCUUUAAUGUGAACUCUGAAGUCAAGCACCUGGAUGGAAGUGGCCCUUGUCAGCCCCAGGAAAUGGUCAACAGUCUUGGAGAAACCUCAGAAGUCAAGGACAAGACCUCUGAGCAAACAGAUCAGACCUCUGCUGUACAUGUGGAAGAGUCUAGUGACAUUGUACAAAGGGAUACAGUUGUUACAGCAAAAGUGACAAAAGCUGCACAGGAAAAUUCCAGAUUGUCUGCAGCACCAGUUAAAGAUCAGACAAAGAACGAGUGUAGUCCUCCACAUCCCAGCCAAACCAGCAGUAAAGCAGUAGAUGACAGUAACGUGACGAAUCAUGCACCCACAUGUUCGAUCAAAAAAGAAGUGAUUGAAGAGAUAAAAUCAUCUUCACACUCAAGUGAUAAAGAAACAGAUUCCUUGAAUGAGUGUGGAAAUCCAAGAGGGGACUAUGCUGUCUUGUCGGAUGGUUCCACUGUCAUUACAAAUUCAAAAGCAAUUCGAAAUGAAGAGCAGAGCCUAAAAAAGGCCAUUGAUCCAAACAUUAGCCUUCCCGAAAAGGAUUCUAAUUAUCCUGCGCACUCUGAUGGCCAAAAACAAAACACGGAAGCAUCUACUAAGUUCCAAAUAAAUGUGCAGGAAACCCAAGAAACAAAACAGAUCAAGGUUCAGUCCCCACAGACGAAAGCCAGUCAGGGGGUAACCGUGAAACUUGUUAUUCAUAAAGACAACACUAUGCAGCCUGAGCCUAAAAGUGCCGGUAAUUCUUGUUCCAAAACAAAAGGGAAUGAAGACAAGAGAACAGGAGAGCUGAAUGUAUUGCCAAAUUCUGGUGUCAAAGAAAGUGGCUCCACAUUAAAACCUAGUUCCGCCUUGAGCCCUUCGCAGCAUGAGGAGAAGAAUCAAUUGAAACAGUCCGGGGGAAGUAAAAUAAAAGCCCGCUGCCUUAGUGAGUCCGAUGCAAAGCUCAAAGUCCAUGAUAACGUGUUUAGGGAUAACAAAGGUCAGGCAGUAACUUCGCCAACCUAUAUCUCUCCUCAUACCUUGUCAGCCAGCACACAACAUGCGGAGAUUCAGGUUAGCCUGGAAGCUCUGUGUAAGUCAGCAGCCACAAGUCCCAUGACCCCUCCAGAAGGCUGCGCCGCUUUCUUUUUUCCUUAUUCUACCGGGAAGGGAGCCCCACCCGGUGUUGAGGAGGUCAAGAUUGCCACGAAGGAUGCAGAGCUUCAGGUGGGGCACCAGGUGGAGUCGAGGUCUGUGGCCACCGCACCGAUGAGCCCGCUGAGUUUAACAGCAGAAGCAUCUUACCCAGAGAUCCAGAUAAAGGGCGUGACGGAAGAUGACCAGCCGGAGCCCGUCAGAGAGGUCAGAUGGGACGAGAAGGGCAUGACCUGGGAAGUGUAUGGAGCCGCCAUGGAGGUGGAGGUCCUGGGAAUGGCCAUCCAAAAGCACCUGGAAAAGCAAAUCGAGGAGCACGGGAAGCCGCCCCCUCUCCUGCCUCUUGCGGCCACCCCCAACACCGCGGUGAACAGGAUGGGUUCGCUCAAGGGCCCCGUCAAGGCCUUGCCGGAGAAGAGGCAGCACCGCAACCCCUUCCGCGUGGUGCUGCAGAACAUCCGGCGUCCGCGCUGCUGUGCCAGGGCCAGCACCAUCGAGUGACACCGAGGGGCAGCUCAGCCUGCACCCCCCCCCCCCAUACACAAACACACACACUCCUCCCACACCCGCAGAGCAGGCCACACCGCGAUCAUGCAUGGUUCGUAGUGAUCAGACUUUAUCAGGCCUACUACCAGACAAGAAGAAGAGUCGCACAAUCAAUUGCAAUCCACCUGAACACGAACACCUGCGUCGACGAUGGCGGUGGUUUUGAAACUACAGAUUUCACCGGGAAUUUCGUUAUACAGCUUCACUUCAUACCUAAGUGAAAUAUAUACAGAUAUGGAUCAAAGAGGACAAAUUCUGGCAUACCCAUGCUAGUAUUCAGACACAAAGAAUAUUUAUUUCUUUCUGGUUCUAACACUUUACUAGUUGUAUUUGUUUUAUGUAUUUAUUAUCCCUUUUUUUAUUCUGUCAUUUAAUGUCCAGUGCACUUAAGCGAAACAUCAAAUUGCAUUAGCAACAGCAGUAUUAAAGCUUAAUGUUUUUUUAGCAUAGUAUCUUGUAGAAUUAAUGGCUGUUUUACACGAUACUUUCAACCUAAGCCAGUACUAUGUUUAUAUAUGCCACUGAACAGUGCUCUUUUUGAAGGUAGCCUUUCCAGAACAUAGAGAAACAAUAGCUAUGAUUUCUCUUUUUGCGCUUACUUAUAUUGUACAUUCUGCCUUUAGUUUUACAUAGAAUGUUUGAGUUAAGUAUUACGUACUGUUUAUUAACAAAUUUAUUAGAUUCCAAGUCUUUUUAUAAUCUUAAUGUUCAUUUUAAUUUUUUUAAGGAUUCUUGGAGAUUUAUGAUUCAGCUAUUUAGACUUUUUAAAGUCUUUUCUUAUUUAGUUCCUAUUACCGCUGAGUUUGGCAAGGCCAAUGGCCCUCUGAUAUGGCCAGACUUUAAUCAGCGUCCAGUAGGAAUAAAGACACAGUAAUUUCGAUCAAUUGGGAUUUUGUAUGUGGAAAAACAAGGCAAAACCUGCACAUUUAUCACUGUGCAUAUGCUUUAGGAGUGUAGCCAGUUGUGGAUAUCAUUAAUGGCAUUAAGAAUACACGCCAGGGUAUCACCAAAUCUUUUGAAGGAACAGGUAGGAAACUAAUUCCUUCAUAAGGGAUUCUUCAGCAAAGACAUUUUAAAAAUCACUGCUCUCCAAUUCGUUUUGCCUAAUCAGUCUCCAAGGAGGAUCAUCAUUAUGAUCGUGGGUCACUUUCCGCAGUCAUUUAAACUGAGAAAAAAAUGUACUGACACUUGCAGUAAGAGGCUUCACUCAACAAUUAAAGCUUGAAGAGCUAUUCACAUCCAUUGUGUGAAUGAUAAAAUUCACAUCGGACUGCACAUUUAACACUGAUGCAUCGCAACGGAAGAGGAUUCCUUUCAUAUUUUAUUAUAUGAGCUGUGUAAGUGAACUUUAAAUGUUAAUUAUGUUUUUUUAUUAUUUCUGUUGGAGGCAAACACUUUAUUUAAUACGAGAUUCUAUGGAGAAUAUUCCUGUGUCUUGGCAGAUUUAACUCUCUCUUUUUCUUAAAGCUUAUUGUCUUGAGUUUAUAUUUACCAGUCUCUUACUUCGUAAGGAGUAUGUGGGUUCUCUUUUGUAUUUAAAACAGUUAUCUGCAUUUCACUGCUCUUAGUAGAUUGAAGUUAUGUUGUACCUGCUUAUGAAAGACACUGUCCUAAGUGCUUUGUGAUGCAGCUCUGGUCCUUUCAUGUUGAGGUAUUGCUUUAGUUUCUUAUAGCUGUUACAAAACAGACUCUUUAAUUUUUUUACAUAAAAGCUUAACUACUGGUUCAGUGUUCUGAGUAUCUGAAAUCUUUCAGCAAUGGUGGCUUCAAUCCAGUAUAUUUUAUAAUUAAGUCCUUUACUUCUUAAUCUUCAUGGGUAAAACACAUGUAUUGUAGUGGCCAAAUGAGAGCCAGCUUUAAGACACUGUACAUCUGUAUUAUUUUUUCCAUUUUUUUUAAAUUGAUGUGAUAUCAAAUCAUACUUAGUCUAACUUAAAUGUAAGAUGGGGGAUGGUAGUACGGCUAACUCAACCGAAUCGCUAAAACUGUAGUUAAACCUCAGAAUCUGGUGUUGCAAGUUUUUCCAUUAACAGUUACUGUACAUUGUUGGCUAUUUGGAGACUACGGGGAAAGCAUUUGUAUUUCUGAAAAUAUGUUUUGCAAAUUUAAGUUACUCUCUGUUAAAUAAACAGAUAAGCACAUGGA